AUGGCCGUGACCUUACAUACGACUGUUGGUGACAUCAAAAUAGAGUUGUUUUGUCAAGAGUGUCCAAAAACUUGUGAGUAUUCUUCAUGUCAGAACUUUCUUGCUCUUUGUGCCAGUGACUACUACAACAACAACAUAUUUCACAGGAAUAUCAAAGAUUUUAUGGUGCAAACUGGUGAUCCAACAGGAACUGGCAAAGGCGGUAACAGUAUCUGGGGUGCACCUUUUGAGGACGAGCUCUCUGUGGAGCUUCGACACGACGGUCGAGGGACCGUGUCUAUGGCAAAUAACGGUCCCAAUACAAAUAAAUCGCAAUUUUUCAUCACAUACGCUAAGCAGCCUCACUUGGAUCUUAAGUACACAGUUUUUGGGAGGGUUAUCGAUGGAUUCGAUGCGCUUGAUGAGCUUGAAACUAUCAAGGUUGACGCCAAAUAUCGUCCAGUUGUUGAACAGAGUUUUCCGUACGUGUUAAUAUAA